AAGACAGUCAAGCCAAGCGAGCGGUACAGGAUAGUCUCGCGUCCAGAAGGUCACAAGGGCACCUGGAGGGCAUCAUGGGCAAUUGGAAGUUUUCCUUUUCAUUUACCAAUCACUCUGCUUAAAGAAGUAUGUGAGGAGUGUUGAGGGUUCCCAAGGUGUGAGAGACGGCUCUGAAGAAGGUUAUCCUCCUCUCUGAAAGAAAAGACAUUUGCACAUGAAGGCAGCUGUGAUUUGGGAGCCGUGAUGUGAGGUGUGUGAAUGGUCCCAGCAGAACUUCCAAAUGGAAUAUAAAAGGAACAUUUUAGUGGAUAAACCAAAUGAUCAGUCUUCCAGAUGGUCUUCAGAGAGCAACUAUCCUCCCCAAUACUUGAUUCUGAAGCUUGAAAGGCCUGCUAUCGUUCAGAAUAUUACAUUUGGAAAAUAUGAGAAAACUCAUGUCUGCAAUUUGAAGAAAUUCAAAGUUUUUGGUGGAAUGAAUGAAGAAAAUAUGACAGAGCUGUUGUCCAGUGGCCUGAAGAAUGAUUAUAACAAAGAGACAUUUACCUUGAAACAUAAAAUUGAUGAACAGAUGUUCCCUUGUCGAUUCAUUAAAAUUGUUCCACUUUUGUCCUGGGGGCCCAGCUUUAACUUUAGCAUCUGGUAUGUUGAACUUAGUGGCAUUGAUGAUCCUGAUAUCGUGCAGCCCUGUCUGAACUGGUACAGCAAGUACCGUGAACAGGAAGCCAUUCGCCUUUGCCUAAAACACUUCAGACAACAUAACUAUACAGAGGCUUUUGAAUCCCUGCAGAAGAAAACCAAGAUUGCACUGGAACAUCCAAUGUUGACAGAUAUGCAUGACAAAUUGGUGUUAAAGGGUGACUUUGAUGCUUGCGAGGAGUUGAUUGAAAAAGCUGUAAAUGAUGGCUUGUUCAAUCAGUAUAUCAGUCAACAGGAGUAUAAGCCACGGUGGAGUCAGAUUAUUCCUAAGAGCACCAAAGGCGAUGGAGAAGAUAACAGACCAGGAAUGAGAGGGGGCCAUCAAAUGGUCAUUGACGUCCAGACAGAGACUGUUUAUUUGUUUGGUGGCUGGGAUGGAACACAAGAUCUUGCUGACUUCUGGGCAUACAGUGUGAAGGAGAACCAGUGGACAUGUAUUUCUAGAGACACUGAGAAAGAGAAUGGUCCGAGUGCCAGAUCGUGUCAUAAGAUGUGCAUUGACAUUCAGCGGAGACAAAUCUACACAUUGGGCCGUUACUUGGAUUCCUCUGUGAGGAACAGCAAAUCUCUGAAAAGUGAUUUCUACCGUUACGACAUUGACACUAAUACCUGGAUGUUACUAAGUGAAGAUACUGCUGCCGACGGUGGACCAAAGUUGGUGUUUGAUCAUCAGAUGUGUAUGGACUCAGAAAAACAUAUGAUCUACACGUUUGGUGGCAGGAUUUUGACGUGUAAUGGCAGUGUAGAUGACAGCAGAGCCAGUGAGCCACAAUUCAGUGGGUUGUUUGCGUUCAACUGCCAGUGUCAAACUUGGAAACUUCUUCGAGAGGAUUCCUGUAAUGCUGGCCCUGAGGACAUCCAGUCUCGGAUUGGACACUGCAUGCUGUUCCACUCAAAAAACCGUUGCUUAUAUGUGUUUGGUGGCCAGAGAUCCAAGACCUAUUUGAAUGAUUUCUUUAGUUAUGAUGUGGACUCAGAUCAUGUAGACAUAAUUUCAGAUGGCACCAAGAAAGACUCUGGAAUGGUUCCAAUGACCGGAUUCACACAGAGAGCAACUAUUGAUCCAGAACUGAAUGAAAUACAUGUCUUAUCCGGACUUAGCAAAGACAAAGAAAAGAGGGAAGAGAAUGUCAGAAAUUCAUUCUGGAUUUAUGACAUUGUGAGGAAUAGCUGGUCUUGUGUCUAUAAGAAUGAUCAAGCUACAAAAGAUAAUCUGAGUAAAAGUCUUCAGGAGGAAGAACCAUGUCCAAGGUUUGCCCAUCAACUCGUUUAUGAUGAAUUACACAAGGUUCAUUAUUUAUUUGGUGGAAAUCCAGGAAAAUCUUGCUCUCCAAAGAUGAGACUAGAUGACUUCUGGUCACUGAAGUUGUGUAGACCUUCAAAAGACUACUUACUGAGGCAUUGCAAGUACCUCAUAAGAAAACACAGGUUUGAAGAAAAGGCCCAAAUGGAUCCCCUUAGUGCUCUGAAGUAUUUACAAAAUGAUCUUUAUAUAACUGUGGAUCAUUCGGACCCAGAAGAGACAAAAGAGUUUCAACUCCUAGCCUCAGCUCUGUUCAAAUCUGGCUCAGAUUUCACAGCUCUAGGCUUUUCAGAUGUGGAUCAUACCUAUGCUCAAAGAACUCAGCUCUUUGACACCUUAGUAAAUUUCUUUCCUGACAGCAUGACUCCUCCUAAAGGCAACCUGGUAGACCUGAUCACACUGUAGACUGGGGAGUGGGAUUGAAGAAUUACUGGGCUCAGACAUGGAGAAGGAACCAGCUGUUCUGUGGGCAGAGGUGACGCUGCAGGUACUGAGGACGGCACCAGAGUUUUGAAGGAUCCUUAUUAUCACAAGUUUUAACCCUCUUCCUUCAUACCUGACCUCAAUCCCCUUUUCCUCUUAUUUCUGCAUUAGGCUAAUAAAGUGAAAUUGAUAUACUUCCCAUUUAAUUAUGUAUAUUUUUCUUUAGCCUUUAAGAAUUAGUAAGUAUUAAUGAAAAUUAGCCUUUUUUCUGGCUUCCAAGUUUUCAAAGUUUAUUUUUAGUUAGGAGAACAGCACUACUGGUAGACUUGGUGCUGUAGGAAUUUGGGGUUUUGCUGCUGGGUGUUUAGCCUUUGUUUCCCUUUUCUUCUCUUCCCCCUUCACUUUCCCCACAUCACCGCUGUUGUGGUGCCGACUCUGACUCCCUCCCUCAUCCUUAACUGGCUCUGUGUGGCUCUGUGGGACACACACAGGUGGUGUAUGUUUAGGUGAUGUGUGGCUGUUGACUUUUCGUGUAUUAAACAUAGAGCAGUUAGAGGGCUUGAAUUUAUACUUUUUGCCAUACUACCAAAAGCAAAACUCAAGAUUGGCCCAGACACCUGAUCAAGAAUUGAUAUUUCUGUAUUGAAAUUCUGUAGUGGACAUUACAGUAGCCAUUGGCAUAGAAUCACAGAAACCUGAAACCCAGCCUCCUACCCAGAAAUAAGAGUGUUCCAGGUGACCAGCAGGAGAGGUGCUGUCCUUCCCCCUAUUUUUACUGAUAUCUCUGUUGGGAUUUUAAAGGAAAUGACUGCUGGUAGAGCUAUGCAGAACCUACGCUCUCACUCUCCUCUGAGUGAACUUUUUGUCAUAGUUUUAUCUGGACAAUAGGUUCCAGAGCUGUGCUUUCAUAUUUUUCUGAUAUGUGACCCUACUAUUUUGAAGAGUAAUAGUUUGUGGUUGUCUUUUGGCAUACAAUUUACAGGCAUUUUAGUAAUAAGCAUGUGGGCCAGACUUUUUUUUAAAUGGAUAAAAAGAAAAAUAUGUAACACCAAGAGUUUUUCAUUAAACAGAAAAGUAUAAGAGUUUGCCCUUUUCAUUGUUCUGGUUUUGUACAUACAGGAAUAGGAGCAUACCUUCACAUCAGAUGCUGGGGAAUGUAGCAUAUGAAACCCACAUCUGGCUAGUUAGCAUUCACGUUUGUUCAAGUGUGCCAUAGGCAGCUGGUACCACUGUGUUGAAAACAGGAUCUGCCCUAUCCGUGUGCCAGCUGUUAGGAGUGUGUGACUAUGAAAUUGACCUGGACUUCCAAAAGUGUCAUGUGUAGGAAGGAGACCUUGAUCCAUCCUUCCCUCUGUCCUUACUGACUUUUCUGGGUUUGCUUUUGAGGAUGAAUGGGAAUAUAUUUUUGCAGUUGUAGACUUUUUAGCUUCAUAAGCAUCCCAAGGUAAUCAGUAGUGACUUAAUAAACAUGUAUGCCAAUACCUACCCUGUCAGAAGUAUGCAGUAUAAAUUAGGAGGUACCAAAUUGUAUAAGAGACAGAAUAAUCACUUACCUGUACAUUUGAGUAAAUCCAUUCUAUUCAAAGACUUCGCAGCUUCCUAACGUGAUUCUCCUAAGUAACAGCCAAGAACAAGAACAAAAACUGUGUAGCUAACAGCGUAGCCUGCUGAGUCUCAUUUCAAGAAGACAGCUGCAAAUCAGUAGGUGACCAAAAAAAUUUUUGUUUUUGAACUGGAAAUUGCCAAAAUAUAGAGAGCUGUGUCUGAGUCCUGAGAGCUCUGGCACCUUGGCAAUACAGCCAAAUGGGAUUCUGCUGCCUGCAGCCUGCCUGUACAUGCUUCCCCCAGCCGCCAAGGUUUUUUCUUUCAAUUCCUCUGACUCUAUUAUUUGGGUGAAAUUCAGUUCUUAACCUUAGUGAUUCUUUCCCCCCCCCCACCCCCGCCCCUUCUUUUCUCUGUUUUUAUAGUGCCUGCUUUAAUUCCAUCCCCCCUCACUGUAGUUUAGAAUUUUUCAUUUUUUACUGCCAAGUUUAAAUGAUUGAAUCCUAGGAAACCACUCAGAGCUGCCUAAGUACUAAGAUGCUUUAGGUACUAAGGAGGUGGAUGACAUAACUGACUCAGGCAGGUCAGAGCCUGUGCCUUGGGCAUUAGUGGGGCACUCCAGGGGUACCUUUAGGAAGUGUAGGGAUUACACAUCCAGAACCAAGAUUGGCAUGCUGCUCGCCACAUCCCCAUGACAGCUCUGAUUGAGAACUUGUAUAGAUGUUUAUAAGGAGUAACAGCAGAAUAUUAUAAUUUAAACAAUAAAAGGUAGUAUUUAAUGAACCAAAUAUGUGUGCUUUCCUAAAAAUUCCUUUCAUAUUCUAGCUUAGCCCCAAAUUAAUAUACUUAGCUGUAGAUACAUUCGUUAGUGGAGAACUGUUCCUUGACAGAAUCCCCAGCUUCUGCCUCACCUCCAUCUCCCUUUUUUAGCAGAAUAUAUGGCUUUCCAUCAGAAAUAAGCUAUUGAUAACUGAUGCUACUUUCACCCUUGUGUUCUGUAAGAAUUUAGAUUGCAAGUCACUUCACAAAUGCAUUUACAUUUUACUUAUGAAAUAACAUGAGACCUUACUUGGCCAGUUUGUUUGAUUCAGAGUUAUGUCAUGUUUUUACACACAAAGUAAUUUAGAAUUGGAUUUCCACUCCUGUGUUAAAGGUGACAAACAACAUUAACCUUUAUCAAAGUCACCUUUUUUGAUAUGGUUUCCAUCUCUACUAAAACUGACCUUUCUGUGUUCAAGGAGUAAAAACUGACAGAAAACAUUGGAAAGUUGGGUCAGUGUUUGUUGUAGUAAAGUGUGUCAGAUUUAGCAUCCAGUGCUUUGUUUGUUUAUAAACAAAUGAAUGUUGAGUGAAAUAUGUAUUCUGUGUAUAAAUGUUGGCAGCUUGCCAUUCUACUGGCUCCCCACAUCUGCCUUAAGAAGUGUUAUAUAGAAAUACACAGUAACAGUUUCAUGUAACAAAACAGGCUUAAAGUCGGUCUGUAGAUAGAAGCUGGCUGGAGACCCUAACCAUCUAGUGAGAGUCUGAGAUGGUUGCUUAAUAAGUCAACAAGCACUUAAAAAGUGGUCCUGAUUGCUAUUCUCCGCGUUAUAUUAAGUCUUAUGGUAAUUAUAUAAAGACAUUACCUCACUAUUGUUUUGUUGUAUUGGAAAAUUGUGAAUCAUUUAUUUCCUGUGAAACAAGUGUGAAACCCUUCACUGACUGUCAUGUGACAGCUGGGAAUUCUGCUAUGAAGUGACUUCGUGGGUGGAAGUCAUGAUAGUGUGCACUUUAGACAAAGUCACAAAGCUCUUUAAAGAUGCCCUUCCUAAAACUUGCUUUCUUAAAAUUCCUGUUAAUCUACAGUCUCACCAUCUGCAGAAAUUCUUACCAAUUUUCACCAAGUUUUAGCUAGUCUGUGGUUUAGGAUUUACAGGCUCUACAAGAAAAAAAAAUUCUAUAGUUGCUGGAGAUGUGUCAAAGAGGUCUGUAUAUGACAGUAUUUACAGAUUAAGAUGUUGGGCUCUUUAAUGCAGUUUUUGUUUUCUGUAUUAAGCAAAUUCUAAUUUUUAUAUGUGGUUUUUGACUGUGGGGGUUGUCUCUAUAGUUUGUCUUACUGUUGAAAUGACAUGGUUAUCCAAAGCCUCUAGUGUCCGUCAGGUGUGUAUUCUCUAUAUAGAUGUAUCAGCUGGAGGUCAGAGCUCCCACUUGUUUUGAAGUUCUGUGGAGCUGACUAGUACCGCGCAGUGACAGGAAUCGUUUACUUGUUUUCAGGGCGGGGGUUAUUGCAGUGGAUUCUUUUCUUCAUCAAAUGCGCUUCUUGUUUUCUUAUUAAAUGCUAUCUCAGAUUUUAUUUUUAGAUGAUUUUUUAACCUUAAAUUCAUUCUAUUCACCUAUUACUGUGAAUUGUGUUUCUAUUUAUUUUCCUUGGCUAAUUUAACUUUAUUCGUUACUUCCUAGAUUUUUCUAUGGCACUGUUUAGAACUAUUGUAUUGCUUAAAAAAAAAAAAGUCAAAUCAUUGUAAAUCAUAUAUGCUUCUGUUUAUGAUAAGAGAAUAAUGAGAUUAAAAAGUGUAUAUUAGUAAAGAAGUAAUAACAUUUAGAUAUUGCUAUACAAUGUGUGUGCCAUUUUCUUUUGGGGAUAGUGAUCAUUACUAUGGCAGCUUUAAUGGAGACGUCUGAUUUAGCUUCUUUUCCUGGUUCUAGAAACUGUUGUCAUAGAACUGUUAGCUGUAUCCAGGUUCUGAAGAGAGCCAGCUCAUGGAGACCAGUGCUCCACCACACUUAAAUUUGCCGUCACCCUAUCUUUGUAUUGUGUUUUAGCCAAGCACCAAUUUUCAGCCGGGUGUGGUGGUGCAUGCCUUUAAUCCCAGCACUCAGAAGGCAGAGGCAGGCGGAUUUCUGAGUUCGAGGCCAUCUGGUCUACAGAGUGAGUUCCAGGACAGCCAGGGCUACACAGAGAAACCCUGUCUCAAAAAACCAAAAAAAAAAAAAAAAAAAAAAAAAAGAAAAAAAGCACCAAUUUUCAGUUGAAGUUGAAAUUUGUGCUAAUAGUUGACGUUUAAUGUUGUACAUGCUUUUAAUCCCAGAACUUGGGAGGCAGAAGCAAGAGGAUAUAUGUGUAAGUUCAAGGCCAACCAGGGCUGCACAGGGAGACCCUGUCUGGGUUAGGUUGGGGGAGUGGAGGCUUAGUUUAUGAUGCAGUUUAAAUAUUAGAAAUGGCUUUUAUUGCCACUCAUUGAUAUUUCUUAUUUCAUAGUUAAAAAUCACAUAGUGAUAUAAAUAUCUCUUGCCUUCAAGAAUAUGAAUUUGGGUAGAUGAGCUGGCUCAAGCACGUAAAGAGGCUUGUUGGCAAAGCGGACAACCAGAGCUGUUAGGACACAUACAUGAUGGAGUGGAGAACUGUUUCCCAUAGAUGUCCUCCGACGUCUACACAUGCACACACAUACAAAAUAAGUGAAUAAGUAAAUGAAUUUUAAACAAUUUUAAAUAUGAACUUAAAAUCAACACCAAGUGAAAAAAAUUGCAUUUUCAGUCAUAAAGCUAGUGAUAAAAUUGUUAGACAGUAUCAUGUCUACCUUUUAACCUUAGUACAGCCAGUUAGACUUUCUAGUACUCAGGGAGAAUGCCUUCUGGAAAAAAUUCCUGCUACUGACUGUCUUUUUCAAAAGUCACAGAUCUUGAAGUGGAAUCCAGUUCACAACACAGAAAGCACAGGAUAAUUCUAAUUUCUCUUCUGCAUUCAAGAGCUUUGUAAAUCGGGCUGGAGAGAUGGCUCAGCGGUUAAGAGCACUGACUGCUCUUCAAAAGGUCCUGAGUUCAAAUCCCAGCAACCAUAUGGUGGCUCCCAACCAUCUAUAAUAAGAUCUGAUGCCCUCUUCUGGGGUGUCUGAAGACAUCUACAGUGUACUUAGAUUUAAUAAUAAAUCUUAAAGAAAAAAAAAGGAAUCUUUGUAAAUCAUAUCUGCAAAUGUGCAGUUCCCAAACACUGCCAGGUUUGGAACCAGAACUCCGUGUGGAUUUCAUCUGACAGCUAUGGAAUCAACAACAGGAAAGGCCGUAGUGAUGGGUGUUUAGUAAGGACGGGAACCAGUUCAGAGGCUUGUGAAAUCGCGUGUCUUUCUUUCCUCUGCUACUCAGAGAGACUCAGUAGUUGCUAUGCGUGCGUGUGCACUGACCCAAGAAUUCUGACUACAACGAAGAAUGAGCGUGAGCUAGUGCAUGUUCCCAAAGCUAAGCACGGCAAAAAGCUCUCCAUUGUUAACCUAGAAUAAGUCUACAGGUUCAAUACUAGGAAAAAAGUUAUCAAAGGAGAUCAAAGCUUGUGCUUUUCUGAACGGCCUUGGGAAAGUAGCAUUUUUUUUUUAGGUAGUUACCAUUCUUCUUGAAAAUACAGGCCUUAAUACAAAGCCCAGUUUUAUCUUUAAAUUUUAAAACUUGGUAAGUAGUUUCGUAUGUAUGGCCAGUUCCCUGAUAAGCCCACAGGGAAAAGCUAUAAAUGAAAGAUCUCACCGUACAGCUUGGAGGCUCCCAGAGAGCUUGCUUACUCAUCGUCUCUGAGCUCUUACUGCAGCAUAGCCCUGAACUGUCGUGCGUGUGAGCCUCAAGCCCAGCAGAGAGUUUUGAUACUUGAACUGGCUGCCACACAGGGAGUCAGCCCCAUUACAUCAUCAGUCUUCAUUUUCAUUUACUGCUUAGUGGAUGCCAAGUUAGUUGGCCAAAAGGAAAUACAGUGUGUUCCCUACGAAGCAUGCCAGUGUAAGGGUUGCUUCAGAGAGCCUAUUGGAAACUUCAUUUCUCUCCCUUGUUAGCAAGUCUCAAGAAAGUCCAACUAGGACUAGUCAUGCUACUAGGUGGGUGUUCAUUUACUAAACCCUAGACUAAGAUGAAAGUGGUUAUCGUGUACUUCAAAACUGUACAGUUUUUUGCCUAAAAAUGUACUCCUAUACGGUCCUUUGGGCUCCUUCUCAUUAGUGUUGCAGGCAUAGAGUAAUGUUAUGCUUUUAGGUGUUCUACCCAUUCCUAUAGUGAUGAAUGAGAUUGGAGAAAGAACCUGGAGUUUUUGCCAGUUCCCUUUACAGCUGCAAAGCUUUUCAGAUUCAGUUGCAGCCAAAGACUAGAAACCAUCCAGACCAUGAGGGCCUGCAUCUGCAAGUGACCUUUAAGUUAUAUUUGCUGUGCAAUUGCUGCAUUGGAGCAGUGGCCGCUGAAAACAGAUGUGUGCAGCUUCUUGUAUCCUUUCUAAUGCGUCCAUUUCUGAAGUCACAGAGCACGUGCACCUUUGCAGAGUCUUGGCUUAUUUUUGCAUCUACAUGUCAGUCAUGCUUGUGAGAACACAUGGAAAAGUAAGUUUCAGCCCAGCCCACUUACUGGUAAAUGUCAAACUCCAAAGUAGGUGAUGUGUGAGUUUCUAUGGGGGAAGAAUUUUUGUUUGUUUGUUUUUAAAUUGGGAUGAGGAGACACACAUGCAGCAAGCACACAGUGAGGAAGACUCGGGAAAGCAGAGGACACUCAGGAGGCUGAAGCCCCAAACAUGUCUUUUUGUUGUUGUUGUUUGGUGAGAGAAAAAGACCAUGUGUUUGAUGCGCUUCAGAGGUCACUCAUGAACAGUGCUGCUCUUUCCUAACCAGCCCCUUACCCUGGACAGACUGCUGCUACACUCUGAUUAAGGUGGUCUGCCUUUUGAUAUGUGUGCAAUGUCUUUUUAAACCAAUGAGAUUGUAUAGUAUUAGUUACCCUUCAUGUCUAGCCUUCUGCUUAUUUAGAGGUUGCAAAAUGAUGGGUUUUCUUUGAGCAGCUUUUGUUCAGGGGUCUGUAUAUGCACUUUCUCUUUUAGAAGCAAAAACAUUCCUCUUGACCACCACUCUGAAGUCACGCACAGCAGGGCCCUCAGCCUCACAGGAGGAGUACAGGGAGGCUGAGGAGGACUUUUUUCUUAUCUUUAGUUUUGAGACCAUGCAGUGUUCCAUCUCUGAAAAAGACAUACUUGUAAUCCACACAAGAACAAAUGUUAGAUUUUUUUUUUAAUGUCCGCUUUUGUGAGUUCGAAGUACUUAGUAACCAGAAAUGAAGAUGUCUUCUGAUAAAGAGCUUCGAUCCAAAGCUUGGGUGGGAAUUAACUUCAGAAAGUUAACAGCUUGACUACAGAGUACAGCCUCAUCUUCCAGGCCUACCUCAGUCUGUACUCAUCUGGCCUGGACACACCCUUGGAUCAGUUUAUUUACAUGCUAGGGUGUUAAGUAGUCCUUGUGAAUUUUAAUAGCACUUUGUCAUUAUAAAACUAUGCCUAUUACAGAAAACUUGGAAAUAACUAAGUAGAAGGAAGAAAGGCUCUUUUUUUAAAAAAAACUGACAAACUCCCUUCCCACCCCCCUUUUUGAGACAGGGUCUCACUUUGUAGCUCUGACUGUCUUGAAUUGUGUAGCCCCAGCCGGCCUGGAACUCAGAGAGUUCCUGCCUCUACCUCCCACGCACUGGCAUUAAAGGUUUGUGCCACCAGGCCUGGCUAGCCCCCUCACCCCUCCUUUUCUAAAAGACAUUGUUUUUCUUAUUUUUCCUUAUCAAAAUGGCCAAAGCCAACAAAGGCUUUUGAGCAAAUAUUAAUAGCCUUUCUGUCUUUGGCUACUGGUCUGCAGGGAGGACCAGGUUGCAGGCUCCUCCCUGCUAACGUUCGUUGCUCAAGCAUUUUCUUGCCAUAAAUAAUUUGAAAGUAGUCCCUUUAUCUCUAAUGAUGAACUUUGGAGAAGGAGAACUCACUGCAGCUAUGGAGUGUUACUUGUUGAGGUUGUUGGACAUGCUAUCCCUAAGACUGAAUUUGGGUGGCCUUUAGGCAGCAUCACAGGCAUAAUGGAACGCAGUCACACGGUGCACAGACUUCAUUGGGUGACGAACUUUUUAUGUGGCCAUAAUUAACCCCACACUCAGAAGGCCGAAAGCAAAGCAAAAGAAGUACGAUAUAAAAGAAUACAAGGAGUCCGUUUCCCUGGAAUAUCACCUUAAAUGCUUAAAAAAACAAUGUAUAGACACCAGCAAGGAACUAGUUUUACAAGUUUGACACCUCAGUUUGCCAAGUAGAGUCUUCCUCUUGAUGUGUAGUGGAAAAAAUCACCUUGUUGAGUUCUGCCUUCCACCCCCCUUCUGUGGCCAUGCAUACCCCACCCCACCCCAGACUGGAGCAUCAGAAACAGUAUCAUGGAAGGCCAGCAUGUGUGACUGAAGCAUUUAAACAGCGCCCUUGGGUCUGAGCUCAUCUCUUCCAGCUCUGUCGAGCUCUGCGAUCUUCCCCAUCCCCAGGCUAGCGUCAUCCUCUGGUUUAGCUGUUGUCUAAUCCUUGUGGACUUUCUAGGAUUUCUUUCUGGUAAAAGUAAUUUUCUGACCCCAGGUUUGGUAUGUGUUAUCACUAACUCUGUGAAUAAGUAAAUGAGUGAUCACUGCUAAACAACUGCAGUUAUAGAAUUAUGUUGUAUGUAUGUACAUAAGGAGAGUGUAUUUUGUUCCUUUUCUUAAUAAAAAGUUACAUAUGGA